AUGGCCGAGAACACCAAGCUGUUUACACCACUCAAGGUCGGUUCCACGACCUUGGAGCACAGAAUUGUCAUGGCUCCCUUGACACGAUUCAGAGGAACAGAUGACCAUGUCCCGACCGACAUCAUGGCUCGUUAUUAUCAACAAAGAAGUGUCGUCCCCGGCACUCUGGUCAUCUCUGAAGCGACCUUCAUCUCCAAGCAAGGCGGUGGCUAUGCCAACGUCCCUGGUCUCUACACAGACGCCCAGCUGGAAGGAUGGAAGAAGGUUACCGACGCUGUCCACGCCAAGGGUUCCAAGAUUUUCGCACAGCUUUGGCAUCUGGGCCGUGCCGCCGCUGCGGGCGAGGCUUCCGGAAACCCCCCUAAGGACGACAGCUUUGAUUGGGAAAAGGACUUCGUCAGUGCCAGUGCGGUGCCGAUCACCGAGGCUGAGCCUGUGCCUCGAGCUUUGACCGAGGAGGAGAUCCAGACUACAAUUGCCGACUACGCGAGGGCCGCCAAGAAUGCUGUUGAGAAGGGCGGAUUCGACGGUGUUGAGAUUCACGGCGCCCACGGCUAUCUCAUCGACCAGUUCACUCAGGACACAUCAAACAAGCGCACCGAUUCGUGGGGUGGAAGCAUUGAGAAUCGCGCCCGCUUCGCCGUUGAGGUUGCCAAGGCUGUAGUCGCAGCCGUCGGCAAGGAGAAGGUUGGCAUCCGUCUGUCUCCCUGGUCCACGUUCCAGGGGAUGCGCAUGAAGGACCCCAUUCCGCAAUUCAGCUACCUCAUCGACCGCCUGACAGAGCUGGACCUGUCUUUCUUGCACUUGGUCGAGCCAAGAGUCCAUGGAGUCGUCGACAUGGAGCCUGCGAACGAGACUCUUGACUUCGCCCUACAGGCCUGGGGCCGGGAGAAGCCGAUCUUCAUCGCUGGCGGUUACACCACGGAGCUCGCUGUUGAGGCUGUCGAGAAGAAGUACAAGGACUACGCUGACCAGUUGGCCAUCGUUUUCGGCCGCCGAUUCAUUUCCAACCCAGACUUGGUAUUUAAGGUGCAGAAGGGCAUUCCGUUUGCCGAGUAUGACCGUGCGACCUUUUACAUUCACCAGAAGAAGGGUGACAAGGUUGAACCUGGAUACAUCGACUACCCAUACUCCGAGGAGUUCAUCAAGCAGUUCGGCGAGCCGGCUCUUGACUACUAA